GCAUCAUAUUUAGCAAACAGCCUUUGCACAUGGCUACAUGAUAUUGAUAAUUGUAAAAAUCAGAUCCAAAAAUCAUUCGCCAGAAACUUUGUAAUUGAACGAUUUCGUCAUGCUAUCCAUUCAUCUGUUCAUUCAUGUACUUAUUAAAUAUCAACCAUGCCUUAAGAGAAUUAUACCCUAAACUUAUUAAACAAUUCAAGGUUCAAAGUCUUUUAAAUAAUUUACUCGUCCAAAAUUAACAUUACAAUUGGCAGUUAUUUAACAAAUAUUUAUUUAAAAGUCAAAAUCACGAAAUUAUUGGCAAUCGAUAAAAAUGACCUUUCUUGUGUAAAUUUCCCCUUAUUAAUUCCGAUAUAUUUAAUAGAUUCGCACAGGUGUACGGAUAAUGAAAAGUGAGAUAUUUAUAUAAGUCGGACUGAACUUAAAUCCUCAAUUAUUCUAAAUUUCGUAUUUACAACAGUCAUCCAAACUUUGAAGGAUUUUUUUCGAAAUAUUUUGAAAUGUCGUCCCACUUCUUGUCCAUUACACUGCUCGCGAUUUUAACAAUUAAUCGGGCCAACGCGUGGUACUGUAUCGGAGGACGAUUGUACUGCUACAAUUGGGAAAUCCAGUACGGGCGCUGUCCAGCCUGGUGGCAAUAUCCAUGUUAUCAAGCUCCAACACCUGCGCCUACACGAGCACCAAUCUAUUACCCACCGCCCCCACCUACCAUAACCGUACCAUACCCUACCACACCCCCUACCACACCUCCCCCUACAACUACAACAAUGCCGCCGACAACAGCACAACCCACUACAGAUUUUUUAACCACUAACCAUUCCGAAACAUGUCCCGUUUUUGAAUGCUGUCACUUUAACUGCAGGCCUGGCGCGGGUUGCACCCAGUCCAGCACGCCGACAGCCUGGCCCACGUGCUCUGAUGGGCUGAAGCCUACAAUGUGUGCAAGCUUGUUCAACCCAUUCUCAACCUACUGCCUUGAUCAGGGAUGUGACGAGAUGAGUUGUCAUGAAACAAUGUGCAUGGGGGUGGUAAGUGAGAGACUAUGUGCAGCCCUGAUGUAACAUAAAAUCUCCAGAGUUAUAAAUUAUUAGCUCACCCUGCGUAGCAGAGGAGCUAUUGAAUUCCUCUUGUCCGUCUGUCCGUCCGUCCGUCCGUCCGUCUGUCUGUUAAAGACUCUUUUGCAUCAAUUGAUGCUAAUUAAAGCGAGUUAUUGACAUUCAUGACCGACUUACCAGGUAUACUAUUAGCAUGGGUGGAGAGUCCAGGGUACCCACUAUGUUUUUUAGAAUCUACUAGGACCCUAGAUGAAGGAUCCAUUCAUAUUUCCGUGUAAAACUCAUAUUUGACGCCAU